GGCAAAUUAACGCACCAGCAUGAGUUAGAGAACCGAUUUUGUUCACCACCUAAGUGAAAUUAUGAAGAAAAACAACAUUCGACUGCCAUUGCCCACGGAACUGGUGAAAAAUAUGCUCUUGCUGUACACAAAAGACGACAAGAUUUCCUCUCAAGUAGAAGCAUAUCGAUGGAUCGAUGGUGUUUCUAUGGGCAGCCCAUUAGACCCCUUACCAGCGGACCUAUUCAUGAUAUGAUUGACGAGAAAUUAGAUCACAUUAUCAAGUCCGGAACUUUAUAUUAACGUUAUGCUGAGGAUAUAUUGUUAAGCGUGGACUCAGAUGAUGAUACUGCAGUUACAGCCGAAGAGCUCAAUUGUGUGCAUCAGAACUUUACUAUGACAUGAAAGCGAGUAAGACAGUUGUCUUUCGUGCUUAGACAUAUUGAUCCCACAACGACCUGAUGACUCGACAAAAAGAUCAGGCUACGGGAAGUCAACUUGGACAGGUCAAUACUUACAAGUUAAGUCUUUCUCGCUAAUGCAUCACAACGGCUCUCUAUUCAUGAGCUUGUUAAAUCGAGCUCCUUUGAUCAGCACCACAUACACCCUGGAGGCAGAGAAGCAACUGCUGUUUUACGUGGUACAAUCUAGUGAUUAUCCAUUGCAAUUGUGGGACGAUGAAACGAGAUCGAGAGAUAACGGUUCAAAAAAACAGGCUUUCAUUGAGUUACCUUUCAAAUGUGAAUACAUGAAAACCACUGCUAAUAGAACAAGUGCCUCAAGGAAAGAGGUACAGCGCAGCCGAAUCACGUUUACUUGUAAGCACAGGACUACUACGAAGACACCUAUGUCGAAGCGGUGCACAUCCCAUUGCUUAUACAAAUUUACCUGUAGAUGUGGUGACAGUUAUGUUGGGCGCACUACUCGAAAUCUGGGCGUUCGAAUUUAGAAACACAUUACAA